AUGGCUAUAUCUAGACUAUGUUCAAUCUCCUCCUUCAAAUUGCCCUUCAGGAGACGGCGGUAUCUAAAAGACAAUUUAUUCUAUAAGAUUUCAGUCACAGCUAAAGAUUCCGGUAGGUCACAGUUGGUAGAGCUUGCAUCCGUGACUGUGGAUCUUUCAGGAUGCCUUGACCCUCCAUUAUUUGAAGAUCCUUCAUUCAAAUUUAGCGUGAGGGAAGGCGAAAGCGGGCUUACUGUUGGAUUUAUUAAGGCAGUUAAUCGCCAUACUGGUUUGAGUGAAAGUAUCUCGUACUCUUUUAAGAAUGAACACUCCAAGUAUUUGUUCGAUUUGAAUCAGAUUUCUGGUGAGAUUAAGACUGCGAGAGCCCUUGAUCGUGAGACUGCUGACUUUCACCAGUUUACUGUGGUGGCAAGUCUUCAUUUCCUUAACGGGUCCUACAACAGCCAUGCAGAAGUAUUGGUUACUGUUGAAGAUAUCAAUGAUAAUCCGCCAGUGCUAGCUAAAGAGGAGUACACCAUCUCACUGAGCCUGCAUGCCAAGCCUGGUCUACUGUUAAACUUAAAUGCAAGUGAUAAGGAUAUUGGUGAAAAUGCAGAGGUGGCCUUUGAAAUAACAGAUGGAAAUAAAAAGCAGCUAUUUUGGAUCAAUUCUUCAAGCGGGGAUUUGUUUCUCGUGGCACCAAUAACCUUUACCGCAGGCGACGUUGUUGUCCUUGUCGUAGAGGCUCGUGACGCAUCUACCACAAAUGCUUUACGAGACACAACGAUUGUGAGGGUGUCAUUCUACGGUAGGGGAACAAGAGAUGCUAAAAGAAGCUCGGCACUUACGGCGGUGGGUUCAAGUGUGGGUACCGUUGUCUUUAUCAUCGUUUUAGCUGUCGUUGCUCUUCUGUUAUGGAAAAGGCGAAAGAAACGGUAUUUAAGAGGUACUAGCGAUCACCUCCAGAUGGAAGAUGUAAAACGCACCUGCUCUGGAAUGAACAGUGCUGUUGUGACAAGUUGCACACCAAGAUCUCCAAUGGAGCUAUCUGGUACUUUUUCGUCUGAAAGUCAGUCACCGACCAUAUCGACAAAACUACGUAAAAUGGACUCACAGGUCCGUCUUGUAGAGGGUUGUCAAGUAGUUGUAGAACUUUGUCACAUGGAACCAAAGUUAUUGUCAAGUCUGCAACCUACAGAGCAGGUUUCCGAAAUAGAGCCUCGAGCUUUCAUAUCUACACCAGUUGGCGUGGACCUCUGUCACAUGGAUCCCGAUCCAUCAUUAAGAUUCAGUGAUGUAUAUUCACCCAUCGGCUCGGCAACGGAUGUUACUUUUAACCGCUGUAACGAUUUAGACACUAGUCUUAGUGACACAUGGGGGAAAUCUGUGUCAUCACUUACGCCACGAUCACUGAGAAACCUUUGGCUGGGCUAUGAAAGUGAGCCCUCAGCUGUAUCAAUAAGGAAACUAGCAAACGAGCCUUUGUCUAGCCACAGUGAAGAUCCUCAAGUUAGCAUGGAUCAUAGUUACAGAGAACACGAUUCAUCGUCAACUGUAAAUUGGCCACCUCAGUUUUAUGAAAUGGAGCCAUCGUCUCCGCUUUCAACACCUGCAUCAGGAUUCAGUGAUCCUGAUUCACUUUUUGGCUCAGUGACAGAUGUUACACUGAAUUACGGCAACGCUUCAGACACUAGCUUGGAUGAGACGGAGUUCAAAUCUGUAUCUUCGUUCACCCCAGGAUCUCUGAAGAACCUUUGGCGGGGCUUGUCGUGUGAAAAUGAGCCCUCGGCUGUUCCAACAAGGGAUAUAACAAAGGAGACUCCCCCAAGUUCCGUUAAGGUUGCUCGAAUUAGCAGGGAUCAAUGUUAUAUGCAAGCUGAUUCACCAUCAAAUGUACAAUGUUCGACGAAAAUGUUUGAAAUGGAGGCGUCUUCUCCCUCAGCACCUGCUUCAAGAUUCGGUGAUGCAGAAUUACCCGUUGUGAAAGUGAUAGAUCCAACAUCAAAGUAUUCUAACGAUUUAGAUAAAACCUCUAGUGAGACGGAGAUAGAAUCUGUGUCUUCGCUUACACCAGAAUCCCUAAGAAACCUAUGGAGGGGCUUGUCGUAUGAAAACAAGCCCCAAGCAACAUCAAUAAGGGACUCAACAAGAGAGUCAUCCUCAAGUCUGUUUAAAGUUUCUCAAGUUGAGUAUCCUACUUCACCUUCGACAGUUACGUCCAAUGUUGCUGAUUUACUCUCUGAUUCAUUGAGUGAUGUAGCAAUUAACUAUCCACCCAGCUCGCGUAACGUUUCAUUGAACUCUAUGUCUUCUGUGUCAGUAUUUCUAGGAAACCUUUCCACUCGUUCUCGAAUCUCAAACCGUACCGAAAUCGGUGAACACUCAUCCAGGUCGACAGGAGCUUCUGAACUGACACUUCUGCAAAGAGUUUUAUCCGCGCUAAGAGCUCCAUUCAGGCCUUAUGAGACAGCUGAAUCGACUAUUAAUGUACAGUCAAACGACCGAAGAGCCCCUUCUCAAUCUUCACAUCCGGAUGGUACUCUCUGACGUCGUCUGCUCGAAGACGAGGAAAAGUGACUGAUUAAAUAUCUAAGGGUCAAUCGUGCCACGGCAUGAACCCUAACGCGGACGGAGCAAUACGGACUUCUUUCUUUUACUGGAAGAUAAUCGAAUUGAUAGUUACAAAUUGAAAUUUUCACUUCUAGAAACGCGAUAUGCAAAUAUUAGACAAUGACGUGAAAAUUACUUAAAAUUAAUCACUGUUUGAUGUGAGUUGGUUCCUUUCCUUCGCAAGAUCUAGGAUACUAUUUGGUUUAUCUUCAGGUCUACCAUUAUUCGCAUUUAUUGUUGUUGUUGCUUUUGUUGUUGUUGUUUUUUGUUAGCAGUUAUGGGAACUUCUAUCUGCUGAUUGACUAAAAUGAUUAAAAUAGAUAUUUCCUAAAA